AUGGUGCAAGAAGCAUUUUCAUGCUUGAAAUACCGUUCAAAAUUGGAAGUUCCUGCUUCCCCACUAAAUAAAUUUUUAUUUUGAGUUAUCAGGAGUACUAAUAUCUUCCUGAAAAAGAAAACUAACUCCCCCGUUUAAAUAUGGUGUGACUUAAAAGUAUAUAGGCCCAAUCACACUUAAAUCAUCCUACUGAAGAGGUUGGCACGUUAAAAACUAAUUAUAUAAGAUUAUGGUUUCUAAAAAUGCUUAAAUUGCUAUAAUAAAUUUAUUUAAUUUAAUUUAAGUUCUACUUUUAAUUAAUAUGGGGAUUAUUAAUAUAUAAUUAUAAUUCCACAAAGCAAACCGAUUUCCAGAAACUAAAAGAAGCAAAGCUAAAUGAGCAAAUAAUCUUUUCCUAA